ACUGAUUCAGUGGUAUGUUUCGUGGAUUGUGUGUUGUGAAAUUGUGACAUCAUUCGUCGUACAAAACUGAUUAUUAAAAUUGGUUGUGUCUAUGACGAAAUUAAAUUUUUUCGUAUUUCCUAUGGAGUGUUAGUAUUGCUUUUGGAGUCUAACGAAGUACUUGUUUCUAGUCUAUCCAGUUAACAAAAUGGCACAAGAGCCACCAAUAUUCGACUACCACGAGGAAACUCAAAGCGAAAAAUUGGCGCGUAAAUCCAAGGAAUCUCCAUUCAUGGUUAUUGGCAUCGCUGGACUUACGUCAGCAGUGGGCUAUGGCGUUUACAAAUACAAAAACCGCGGCGCAAUGAGCACCAGCGUCUUCCUCAUGCAGUUCCGUGUCAUCUCACAAGGCAUCGCCGUGGGAGCCCUCACAGCUGGCAUGGCUUACACCCUAUAUAAGACACACUUCAAUUCCACGAAAGAUCCAGUCAACGCCUUACCGAAGCCUAACCAACAUUAAAUUUUAAAACUUGUGAUGUAAGGACUCGCAAUUAACAUCAAAGCUUAGUCAUUAGUUUGUAUCAUCCAUGUUACCUUAAUAAUAACAAAAAUUUGUAAUUCAAAAUUUUACAAAUUUUUGUAAACAUAAAUAAUAAAUGAUUGUAAGUUGUUAAAUGUAAUCUUAAGUAAUAUUCAUUCAAUGUUACGAUGUUUAAAUGUGUACAUAUUAUAUAAUUUUAUUUGUGAAUUAACUUGUGUUCUAAGUCAUAUUCAUACCUGAUUCUUGAGAAAAUAAAUUAAAAAUA